UUACCCGUCGAGAUCGGCGGCCUGAGCGAACUUCGAAGCCUCGCGCUCGACGGCAACGAGCUCACCGGCGUCCCGUCCUCCAUCGGCAAUCUCACGAAGCUCGAGGAGUUGUACCUGUCCAACAACAACCUGCGGUCGGUCCCGCCCGAGAUCGGUAACUGCGUGAACCUCGUCACGCUGUGGCUGAACAACAACGAGCUCACGUCCGUGCCCGCGGAGCUCGGGAACUUGCUCGCGUUGGAGAUGCUCGACGUCAGCGAGAACGACCUCACGACGCUGCCCGCGGAGAUUGGCGACCUGGAGCUUCUCGAACAGCUGGACAUCUACGGCAACUCGGAGAAGAUGCGGCUGCCCGCGUCGCUG